AUGGCUUCAUCUUCCAAGACGAGCUCUUUGCUCUACUCUUGCAUCGCCCACCGCACUACUAUUCUAGCCGAACACUCCUCGCCGGGCAGUUCAUCGACCGCCGCCUCGUCACUAGCCUCCAUCAUCCUCCCAAAGAUCACACACGACAAGCCACAAAAGCUCACCUUCACCCAUGAACGACUCUUUGUCCACUAUAUUGCCGACUCCCCAACCGGCAGCCAAUCCGACGAUGGCAACAUUGCAGAGCCCAACUCACACGCUCCCCUGAGCUUCGUGGUAGUUGCGUCAGCAGAACAAGGCCGCCGCAUCCCAUUCGCCUACCUGCUAGAGAUGAAGCGCAAGUUCUUGACUACCUACGAACCAUCCACCACUGAGUUCGCCUCACUGCCCGCCUACGGCUGCGCUGCCUUCAACAACGAGCUGCGCUCUCUCCUACAGGCCUACAACACCGCCCCACCAGCCGAUUCACUCGCGUCAGCCCGGCGAGAGAUUGACAGCGUCCGUGAUAUAAUGACUGAGAAUAUCGAGCGGGUCCUGGAGCGCGGCGAGCGCAUCGAUCUGCUGGUUGACAAGACGGAUCGGCUUGGCGGGAGUGCGCAUGAUUUCCGGAUCCGCAGCCGGGGACUGCGGAGGCGGAUGUGGUGGAAGAAUACCAAGUUGAUGAUUAUGAUGGUGGUCGUCGUUAUAUUCUUGCUAUAUCUGUUCAUUGGUAUGGGGUGUGGACUACCUGCAUGGGGGAAGUGUGUUGGACACUAG